GCUAAUGGAGGGAUAGUCAUCAUUACAUCCUCCUCCAACGAGAAACCAGCCCAAGCCAAGGAACUAGGAGCCGACUUCGGGGUCAAUUACAAAGGAAGACCGGAUUGGGAGCAAUAUGUGAUAGAAGUGACGGACGGUCAUGGCGCCGACAUCAUUCUGGAGACCGGGAGCUCCCAGACCAUCAGUAAUUGCCUCGCGUGUGCUGCGUACGGGGGCUUGAUCAAUAGCAUUGGAUACACGUCCAGCAAAACUCAAGCGACUGGCGAGCAGCCCAGCGUCAAUGUUUCGACCAUUAGCCGCUGUCUCACCCUCAAGGGUUUCGUCAAUGGUCCUACCGAUCGGUUUGAGGAAAUGGUCCGGUUUGUGGAUCGGCACCAGAUUCAGCCUGUCAUCUGCAAGACGUUCACAUUUGAGGAGGUCAAGGAGGCGUUCAAGUAUAUGCAGGCUGGCUCCCAUUUUGGAAAGAUUGUGAUCAAGGUGACCCAGUAG